GGUGCAGGACGUUCGUUGGCAGAGAAAUACAAAACAUGAGUCUUAAAUAGGACGAAGAGCCAACAAAAUUCGACCCCAAAUACCUCUAUUUCUCUCUCUACCUGCGCUCGUUUCUCUCUUUCGUCUCUCGAUUUUUCCGAUUAUCUGCACGAAUCGAUCAUAUUUUUAAGGAUAGCGGAAUAGAUGGAGUCUUCCGAAGAGACAGGAUGUCAAGCUCCAGAAGGCCCCAUUCUUUGCAUCAACAAUUGUGGCUUCUUUGGUAGUGCAGCCACUAUGAACAUGUGUUCCAAAUGCCACAAGGACAUGAUCCUGAAGCAGGAACAGGCGAAACUUGCAGCUUCAUCAAUUGAGAAUAUUGUAAAUGGCAGUUCGGGCAGCAAUGGGCCUGUGGUUGCUGGUGCUGUGGAUGUGAAAGCUGAACCAGUGGAGUUGAAGGUUAUUUCUACACAAGCAAACUGUGAUGCAUCCUCAAGCCAGAGUCCAGAGGUGAAGGCAAAACAGGGUCCGAAUAGGUGCAGCACUUGUCGCAAACGUGUGGGAUUAACAGGUUUCAAUUGCAGAUGUGGAAAUCUUUUCUGUGCAGUUCAUCGCUACUCUGACAAACACGAUUGUCCUUUUGAUUAUCGGAGUGCUGCUCAGGAUGCUAUUGCCAAAGCCAACCCUGUUGUCAAGGCUGAAAAGCUUGAUAAAAUCUAGACGCCGUGGACUUAAAGGUUUAUGUAUUGAAAUGUGAAGUUUCUCUUUAUAUCCAUGCGUCUUCUUAUAAGUUGGCAGCUUCUCUUGUUAGGUGUCCUUUAGCGAUAUGAAUGGUUUAAAGCAUGAGAAUGCAGGCACCAUUCCAGUCUAUUGAACUCUGUGUUCCUCGUAGAAUGCUGAGGAUUACUUUGGUUGCUCCAGUGUGUAAGUCUAUUUGUGCUGGUUUGUCAAACAUCUUCAUGGUUAUUGUAUUGUUCCUCUGGUUCUUUUGCAUUUCACCUGUAGUAGAUGUCAUAAUGCUGUGGUGUGUCUAGCAUGGCAGUAGUAAAGAAAAAUUUGUGCGACUGUGAUUUGUUUCUUUAUCAGUAUCAAUUUCUAGUAUAUUCUUUACUUGA